GGGGCAACAACAUCUCUCUUACAAAUCCCAUUCCUUUUGCCGAAUUUCUUCCCUCAUCCCAAGAAUCCAAAGAAAAAAAAAAUGAAGUUUUUUCAGUCACAUUCAAAGCCAAACUGUUAUUCUCGCUUGACAAACAUCCUCAUUGUUUCAUCUUCUGUUUGCAUACUCUAUUUGCUCAUCUCUUUGUUUCUUGUACGGACCAAGCUUUUGGAGGCAUCAUAUUCUUCAACUCAAGAUCAUGUGUAUGCUCCGACCUCUCUUGAACACAUUGUCUUUGGAAUUGCUUCCAACAAGAAUGCUUGGCCAAAUAGUAAGGACCGUGUUAAGAUGUGGUGGAAGCCGGCUCAAAUGAGGGGUUGCGUUUUUCUUGAGCAAGGACUUCCGGCUGAACACCAAAAUCUCACCAACGACACUUCUCUGCCUCCCGUGUGCAUCUCCGAGGACACCUCGCGGUUUCGCUACACUUACAAGGGUGGUUCCCGGUCCGCAAUACGCGUGGCGCGGGUUGUUUCGGAGACGGUGGCGCUCAAUCACUCGGACGUCAGGUGGUUUGUGUUUGGGGAUGAUGACACUGUUUUCUUCCCUGAGAAUUUGGUCAAGACUCUCUCCAAGUAUGAUCAUGGGCUUUGGUACUACAUAGGGACUAACUCGGAGAUCUAUGAGCAGAACAGGUAUUUCGGAUUUGGAAUGGCUUUUGGAGGGGCGGGUUUUGCCAUAAGCUACCCUCUAGCAAAAGUUUUGGCUAAAUUAUUAGAUUCAUGUAUUGAGAGAUAUCCACAUCUCUAUGGAAGUGAUGCUAGAAUUUACUCUUGCUUGACAGAGCUUGGUGUUGGGUUAACACUUGAGCCCGGUUUCCAUCAGAUGGAUAUUCGCGGAGAUGUGUUUGGUUUAUUGGCUUCACAUCCAGUUACACCCUUGGUAUCCUUGCACCACUUGGACCACAUCAAUCCCAUCUUCCCAAACAUGACAACUUCUAAAUCUCUACAACACCUUUACAAAGCUGCAAGUGUUGAUUCACAAAGGCUUUUACAGCAGACAAUUUGCUAUGACAGAUGGUUUUCAUGGACAAUUGUAGUGUCAUGGGGUUAUGCUGUUCAAAUCUAUGGAAACCAUGUGUUUGCGCCAGACAUUCUUCCUGUGCCAGAGACAUUCAGGAGAUGGAAAACCAGGGGACCUUUCCUAGCAGGAGUUUACACUUUUGCCACCAAAGAACUUCACGCUGAUCCUUGCCGACGGCCCACCAUUUUCUUUCUGGAUAGUGUGUCUUCUUCAGGAAACAAUGGAGUCAAGACCACCUACCGAAAAUUGUUUGUCAAUUGCUCUCAUGACGCGGCUUCACCGAGGAAACUCGAAGAGGUCAGAGUGUUUUCGCAUAAGCUAGACCUCGACAUCAAGCAGUUGCAGGCUCCAAGAAGGCAUUGUUGCCAGGUUUUGCCUUCUUCUUCAAGUAAAGUCAUGGAAAUUGCAAUUAGAGAAUGCAAGGACGAAGAGUUGAUACGCAUGCAUCCAUAAACAAAGGUGGAUAUUGGAUGAAGCUAAUACAACAUUGUACAUAAACUGAGUUGUUGAACUAAUUAUUACACAUGAAAAAUGAGAAUGACAGAUAGGGAAACAUUA